AUGUCGCUUCGCAUCCUGUCGUACAACCGCAUGGUGGAUAUGGAAACCUCUCCAACAAGAUCGCGACCCUACGGGCCACUUGAGCUUAUUGACUGGGACAGAGAGUACGCACAGCUGGCCGAGUCACGCAAACACGAGGCCCCACAGACUACCUUUCUCCGCCAGCUCAUCCAUUCCAACCUGCACUGGAUUCUCCUCAUAUCCUCGUCUGUGGCCAUCGCAUUGCUCACAAUCGGCAUUGACUACAUAUCCAUGUACUUGCACGGUUUGAAAGCGGGCGUCUGCAAGAAAAAUGUGCUGAUUCCCGCAUACGAAUGCGACGACCUGGCCGAUUGGUCGACGUAUUUUCUCUUUUUCACCAAAAGCACCGUUUUGCGCCGCACAAACGACUUCAUCGUGUACAUCAUGAUUGUGCUCAUUUUAGCACUCUUUGGUGCUCUCCUGGCAUCAAAGCAUAACUACAUUGCCCACGGAGGCAUUCCGGAAAUAAAGUCGAUUCUUUCCGGUACCAACAUCCCAGACUUUCUGAAUAUCAACAUGAUCAUGUCCAAGGUCGCGAGCCUUGUGCUUGUGGUCUCCAGCGGCCUUUUUCUCGGUAUUGAUGGCCCUCUUGUGCACAUUUCCAUGGGGGUGAUGCAAUUUUUCAUCAACCUGCUCCCGCUCACUCAAAACGAGGCGGUGAAACGAGAGUACCUCUCGUCGGCAGUCGCCAUUGGAAUUGGUCUCGCAUUCAAUGCGCCAAUUGGCGGCGUGCUGUUUGGUCUCGAGCAGAUCCACUCCGCAUUCCCCAUCGAUAAACUCAUGUGGAACGCAUUUAUCUGUUCCACAGUCGGCGUUACCGUACUCCAGAAAUUACACCCCUUCAUGGAAAUGGAUAUCGACGAAAUGUUCACAGUGUCGCUGAAAAAUAACUGGCUCAGCUACGAAACGCUCCCGUACAUGUUUUUGGGACUCCUUUGCGGUGUGCUCGGCAUUUUCUUCUGCAAGCUGAAUAUUUAUUUUGCAACCUUCAGACAGCAGAGACUCGACAACGAUAAAUUAAAAAUUGUUGAGGUCGUUUCCAUUGCACUAGCAGGCGCGAUAGUAGGCCAUCUAUCCAAUUACUCGAUGUUCUCGCUUCCAAAAAUGCUUCAGCAGCUGUUCAACAGCUGCACGCGCGACUCGGACGCCCUGCUAUGCUCCAAAGACUCUGGCUUUCCCUGGAAGCUUUUGGGGACCCUCGUUGCCGGUAUUUUGCAGAGCUUUUUCUUCAGCGCAUACAGCUAUGGCUGUAACGUUCCCGGUGGACUGUUGCUGCCGUCGCUAGUGAUCGGCGGCUCCGUGGGACGUUUGGUUGGUGUCUUGCUCGAGGUUGUCCAGAACCACCUGAUUACGUCAGCGCUACAUCUGCAGUGUCUCAACGAAAAGAAGUGCAUUUCUGUGGCCUCGUAUGCUGUUGUUGGAGCCGGCUCGUUUGCUGCAGCCGUCUUUAAAAUGAACAUCACCAUGGUGGUCAUUCUGUUUGAGCUCACUGGAGCUGUGACCUAUAUGAUUCCCAUCAUGCUCGGUGUCUUCUGUGCGCGCUUUUUGAACGACAUGAUUGUGGACCAGAGCAUCUACGAGAUGUGGCUUCGGAUCUCCAACCUGCCGUAUGUGGCGCCUAAUAUUGAGGACCGUCUUUCGAACCCUGAGUACGCGGUGAAAACCUGUGCGUCGGUGAUGAGACCGACUGAGGACUUACAUGUUUUUGAGGACGGCACACUGACCCUCGCAGAUAUCGAGAAAGCACCGGAAAUGAAAGGAUAUCCGGUAGUGCGCGAUGGUGAACUCUAUGGCUACGUUACAAACUAUAGUCUACGGAAAGAGUUGACAUAUUUGAAAGAACAGGGAGUGGUCUCUUUCGACACCGUGGUUACGUUUGCGCAGACGCAGCCUGGAUACCACACUCUAGAGCAUCUUGUGACAAAAUUGAACCUGCUACAGGUGGUAAAUGGCGACACGAAGCUGCUGACGGCGUGCCAAAUUAUGGACCAGCUCAUUCUUGGCUGCGUUUUCGUGUGCUACCCCGGAAGCUAUAAAUUGCAGGGAAUUAUUUUUAGAGAGAUGGUUUAA